AGAGAGGGUCAAGACAGAGGGGUGCAUAUGUGUCUAGAGCUUUUUUUUAUUUUAUUUCCAUUUCAAAUGUUUUAUUGCUGGAAAACGAACUGAAUGGGGUUAGCAGCUGUAGUGUCCAUCAUAAUAUUUAAGGAUGAUGCCAAGUGUAAGCCCACAUUUAUCAGUUCCAAGGCCGUCCUACUCUCAGGCCAGAGAGAACCUGGUGAGAGCCAUCCCACCAAAGCUCCUCUGUAUGCUGGCCUGUGGAGGAAAGGAUUGUCGCUAUGAGGGACCAGAAUGCUGGAAGUCAAACCAGCAAGUUAUUCGAGGCCUUUUUUCCUCCUGGGUGACGGAUGAUAUAAUAGCAAUGGCUCGUCCAUCCAAUCAUCUAAUCAAGAAGUACAACAUCAUAGAGCAAUUUCAAAGGUUGAAGAUCAGGUCGAUCAUCAACACGCAGCUCCCCGGGGAACAUGCUCACUGUGGACCUCCACUAGACCUUGAGAGUGGUUUCACAUACUCUCCGCAGAUCUUCAUGGACAAUAAGAUUUAUUUUUACAACUUCGGGAUGCCAGAUUUUGGAGUGUCAUCUCUUGUUGGGAUCAUUGAUGGAGUGAAGGUUUUGGCCUUCGCAGUGAGGGAAGGACGUGUAGCUGUUCACUGUCAUGCAGGCCUGGGCAGGACAGGUGUCCUGAUAGCCUGUUACCUUAUCUACACCCUGCGUAUAAGCCCCAGCGAGGCGGUCCACUAUGUGCGCAUUAAAAGGCCUCGUUCUAUCCAGACCCGGUCACAGAUAAACCAGGUAUUUGACUUUGCUCGCCUCCUUGGCACACAGCUCGCUCAGUACCCAGACCUCAGCCUGCGGCAUGGAGCCCCUUUCACCCUCCAGCACUACUUAAACCGACAAGCUCUUCUUCUUCAUGGCCAGGAGGCACGCAGACUCAGACAUACUCCAAAGGUUGGAACUUUGCCAUUACACUACAUAAAUCUUUUUAUGAUCAUACAGUUCUACCUUGCGUCACAGUCAACCUGCAUAUCCUUUCUGACCCCAUCUGAUCAGGUGGUGUACCUCCUGUGUGUGCAACUCUCCUGCCUGGCCCUGGCUCUGGCCUCUCCUUCAGAGGUACAUGCUGAGCUGGAGAAGAGAUCAGCUGUAAGGGUUCUGAGCAGGGCUGUGAGGGAGACUCUUGUUUCCAAGCAGUAUUUGCCUUUGCUAACCGAAAGGCGAAAGGGCUCGUGGGCUGGCUCAGGCUCAGUGUCCUCUUGGGAUGAGCCUCUGGGGUUCUUAGAGAGGAAGCACGAGGUGUUGCUGGACAAACGCAGCUACAGUGAAUCUGACAUUACAAAGAUCAGAGUAUAUGAGGACCAGGAACUAAGCUCAUACUGCACUGCAGCUCUUGGAGAUGAGAAGCACUGGUACUUGCAGAAUUUGAUAUGUGCUGAUCUCAGACCAGUUAGUCCAGUCUUUGGCACAUUUUCAUUUGGGCAACUAUAUCCCAAACAGGAAUUUCACAUGUUCAACAAUGCAAUGAUGAACAUGAAAACAAGCAGCAGCUACACAAAAAUGUCAAAAAGAUCAACUAAGAAGAAAAUUCAGAAAUGCGGCUCCAACCUGGAGUUAAACAGAAAUCUACAUAUCCCUGGCCCAACCUUGAUGGCCCGAGAGGUAGCCAAAGCAAUGGCAGAACAAGGUCCUCCAGGCGAAACCGUUCUGCAGAGGUCAGCUCUGCUGCAGGAGGAACUGAACAGCAGUGACUGUGGGUGGGCCCUGCUUGUCACAGAGUCGGAUCCUCAUGUCCUUUGUUGUCUCUUGUGGACCUGGUUGGAGAAGUUAAGGGACCCUGUUCUGAGCAGUGAGGAUGCAGAAAGACUGAAAGAAGGAAACAACAGAAAGCCUCUCAGUCUCCUCAAGAAGCCACAAAGACACACAAUCUCUUGUCUGCUAAGCUGUGUGAAUACAGUGAUCAGCUUAUGUCCACACAGAGAGGAUGCCAUCCUCCAGCGGCUCAUAUGUGCUCUUACAAGGCGCCCUCAAGAAGAAAUUGGAAUCCUUGGUCCCCUGAUGAAAGUCCUGCAUUCCAGUUUGAGAGAAACGUUCAACACCCACAGACACAUCACAAGAGCCUGCUGCAUCAACGCUACAAUUUGAGGAAUUUCAAUAAAAACA